UCCACAAAUAUCGUUAGAUGGAGAUAAAGUACAUUUAGAAUUAGAAAAAUUGAAGACUUUUCUUCUCGGAUGUAUCUAUUGUUCCUAAAAAUUAUUCUAAUAUGAAUGAUAUAACAUCGAGAAAGGUUUCAUUGCAUUCAGUACUGAGACUCAAGGAUAGUGAUGUUAAAGAAUUUUUUUGCGGUUGGGGCGCUGCUGUCAUCAACGUCUCUGUCACUUUUCCAAUUAAUAAAAUCAUAUUUAGACAGAUUUUGGAAGGAGUACCUGUGGGUACUGCGGUUGGGCAGAUGUCACGAGAGGGAAUACAUUUGCUGUAUCGUGGAAUUUUACCGCCUCUAUGCCAAAAAACUCUGUCCCUCAGUCUGAUGUUCAGCAUAUACGAAGGAUGCAAGCUGAGGCUCUGUCUGUUAACUGGAAACGAUGUGCUGUCUAAAAUAUUAGCAGCGAAUAUAGCUGGUACAAUGGAAGCUCUCCUUAUGCCGUUUGAAAGAAUACAAACAUUGCUACAGGAUUGGCGAUACCACGAAAAGUUCAAAAAUACUUCCCACGCAUUCAGGUAUCUGUUGUCAAAUCAUGGAAUAACUGAGCUUUAUCGCGGUGUGGUUCCUAUCAUAUACAGAAACGGCUUAUCCAAUUUGAUGUUUUUCACUCUGCGGGAUCAAUCAAAGGUACUGCUGGGCGAGAAGGAGUCGUUGCUGACAAACUUUGUCAGUGGCGCCCUGAUCGGAGGCUUCACCAGUACGGUGUUUUAUCCAAUGAAUGUAAUCAAGAUACACAUGCAGUCGAAGAUAGGUGGCGACUAUGAGAGAUUUAUGGCUGUGACUCGCGAGGUGUACGUUUCCAGGAAUCAAAGUUUGACUUCUUUUUACAAGGGUGUGCACUUGAACUACAUGAGGUCCUUUAUUAGUUGGGGAGUGAUUAAUGCAUCAUACGACUUCUUAAAGAAAAUUAUUUUCUAGAUUGUUUAGUA